AUGGACCACCUCCGUGAUUCUCUAUUGAGCUCUCUGCCUAGAGAUACUCCUUCUAUCACAACGAGCGACUAUGUUCGCAGAGACCAGGAAAGUACACGUCAGUCUAUCGCUCGGGGUGAAUUCAAAGAGGUUCGAGACGUGGCCUUUAGUAACCGGACGUGGGUUGUUACCAGCCGAUACUGCGAUAUUGGAGAUGGUGUCGAUUCACUCGAAGGCUACAUUCAUUCCCUGUGGUAUAUGUACUACGAGCUUGGCCGAAACAUCUCCUCCGAAUCACCUGAACAUGAGGGUAUAGUCCUCGAUAUCCUACGCAUUCAAGGAAUGGGGCCAUUGACUAGACCUGCACCGGGAGUCUAUGGGAUUGACAUCGCAAGAACCGUCGACGGUACACUUUGGAAUGAUCUCCCAUUCUUGGCUGGCGAUAUGACCUAUUUCUGGGUCAAUAACAGCGCUUCCAUGUCGGGAACACACCGUCUCAACUUCGCAACAUUCCUAGCAAAACUUGCAUCCACUCGUGUCGCUAAGGAUAGGCUGUGUCAAGUCGGUCUUCUGAUCUUUCGCGCUCUCUUUGAAAGCCGUCAAGAACUUCGCACUGGGGAAGAAUCGGAUGAGGAAGAUCUUAACCGAGGUAUCAAGCAACUUGAGGUCUUUCAUCUGUUACCAGCCGCUGUUUCUUGGCUAAAAAUAGCAAGCCAAAACCUCCUUCUACUAUCAGAGGCGUAUUGGAACGACUGCCCUAGCGACAUUAGCAAGGGUGGCGAGGAGUUCCUUGAAUCGGAGCUCGGACAGCGAUCACCUGCUGGAUUUUCGCCAUGGAGAUAUAUGUUCUGGCUGAAGCGACUCCAUGAGAUUCAGGAAGAAGCCAAGGGGGCCAAUGAGAAGGCCCUGGAGGAGCUUGCCGCUGAUGGCAUCGAGUACAUGGUGAACACAAUCAAAGAAAGGAAUUCUGAGGUCCUCAGGGCAUACAAGAAUGGUGGCGAUGCCCUGCAUCAGGAUAAGCAUCUUUCGUGCCUGAAGUCCCUUAGCGAUGAGGAGCAAGAGUCGUAA